UAUUCCCACAGAGAAGAGAAGCAAUUGAGUGUGCACGAAAACAUGUCCGGGGGGAGAGAAGGUGACGUUUUAGUGCCGUACGUAAAGAGAAAGCCGGGUGCCUGCGGAAAAUGCGGGUCUGGGUUCUUCCACGCCGAGCUUUGAAGCGUUCCUUGCGCUUUAGCAAACGGUUCCUUGGUUGUUUUCGCAACAUGAGUCAGGACCUGUGUGAACCGUUGCUUGAGUCGCCGCCCUCAAAGCCUGGGCCCUACAGUGCGACGGACAUCAUCCAGAUGAUAAACAUCCGAAAUGCGAAGCUGGUUGCGAUACUGCUUAUAGCUGGCUUCGUUUUCUACCACGGGGCUUUGCACGUGACGUAUGGGGCGGAUUCGUGCAAAUGGCUGCUGUCGGAUGGCAGGUUUCAGGGAAACAACGUGUGGCAGUCGUAUGGUUGCAUGAUGCACACUUACACUCCAGCAAAUGCUCAGAUGUGCAUGGAAUACCUUUCUUUCCUUCAUCAGAAGAACAAGAUUGUGUUCGUGGGCGACUCCAGAACGCGGGAUCUGUACUUUCAAUUCUUGCGACACUUCGGAUUCAAUGAGGAUGUGAGCAACUGGAAGCGCGAAGAGCGUCACAAGGAUCAUACAUUUUCUGCACACAAUCUGAAUCUUGAGGUUCACUUCAAAUGGCGACCAAUCGUCAACGACUCUUGGAUCCAGAUGAUUGACGAGUUUUAUCAUGAGGAGCCAACAUUGACCAUCGCCAGCGCGGGUUCUUGGCAAAUGAAGAAGUCAAAUGGAAGCGCAGACGGUCUCAUGGAUUUUAAAGUAUCGUUCACGUCGUGGGCAGCAAAGGCUGAUGAUUACCUGGCAGCUAAACCGAGAGCGAGGUUGAUUUGGUCGUUGCAAGAUCCCGUAGAUGCCGAGAAUCUGGAACCUUCUCGUCGAAUGGUGACGAACGAAUUGAUAGACGAGUAUAAUAUGGCUGCAAUGGAUAUUCUCAAAGCAAAUCCGAGGAUUUGGGUGUGGUCCAGUGCACGUCUCGUAACGCAGGGUAUGAUGAGUGGGGGCUCCGUGCACACGGACGGACUACAUUUGAUCAACGCUCCGAAGAACAUCCAUGUCCAAAUGCUUCUCAAUUUGUACUGUAACGACAAAAUGAAUUACGAAGAUGGCACGUGUUGCAGUGCCGCCGACAAAGUGACAGUUCUUCAAAAAAUAACUUUCGGCUUCUUCGGUUACUGUUUCUUUGCGUGGCUGGCAUCUUCCAUGUGGAAGCGAAUGGAAAGGCGUAGUCGAACGCCUACCACGAAUGGGAAUGUUUUGCCAAGUACCGGUAAUUGUGGACUUCGUGCCUCUGGAAGGGAGGACAAUUUGGAGAAAUUCAUCAAAGUACACGGAGCGUUCCUCCGGUUCGGUUUGAUCUUGGUGUACGGUUUUCUUUGUGACCGCACGACUUUCUUCAUGAAGGACAACAAAUAUUUCACCAACUUGAACUUCUGGCUUCCGUUCGGCUACCUGUUCGCGCUAGGAAUUUUUUUCACCGCGGAGUCGAAAUUCACUCAGGUAUUGCAUCGUGACCAAACAGACGAAUGGAAAGGCUGGAUGCAACUAGUGAUCCUCAUUUACCACAUGACUGGAGCUAGUCGAAUACUUCCAAUCUACAUGCACAUGCGAAUCUUGGUCUCUGCUUAUUUGUUUCUUUCGGGAUUCGGUCACUUCACGUACUUCUUCAAAAAAGGCGACUUUGGGCUGUCCAGGUUCUUCCAAGUGAUGUUCAGGAUGAACUUCUUGGUGUUCGGGCUGUGCCUGAUGAUGAACAGGCCGUUCCAAUUUUAUUAUUUCGUACCACUGAUCUCCUACUGGUAUGCCGUCACGUACGUUGUGUUCGCCCUGCCGCCACGUGUUACCGCUAUGUCCUGCGAUGCCAAACCGUACAAUUAUCUUUACGUCGUCCUUAAGCUCGUCGCGAUGCUGGCGUUUUCUUCCAUUUUGUACACCUCUGAGGUAUUUUUCGAGAGAAUUUUUGUGACGAGACCGUGGAAAGCCUUGUUCGUGACUCCGGACGACGACAUUCAUGAAUGGUGGUUCCGAUGGUCCUUGGAUCGUUAUAGCAUGGCGUAUGGUGCCAUUUUCGGUUUAGGCUACCAUCUAGUACACAAGUACCAUCUCGUCGACGAUUCGAACCACAGCAACCUCUGGACGCGAGGAUGGACGCUCGCUUUUACGCUGCUCGCCACACUCGGCAUGGGUGCCUACACGACAUUCACAUUCUUCUGUCGCUCAAAGCCUGAGUGCAAUGAAGUACAUUCGUAUGUAGUGUUUGUUCCCUUGCUUGCAUUCGUUGUAUUGCGAAAUGUAUCCGGCGUUCUGCGGACGAGGUACUCGACGAUGUUCGCAUGGUUCGGAAAGAUUUCUCUGGAGCUAUUCGUGGGUCAGUUCCACAUGUGGCUGGCUGCCGAUACACACGGUGUAUUGGUGCUGGUUCCCAGUUAUCCGGUUGCCAACGUGCUCGUGACCUCGUUCAUUUUUGUUUGUCUCGCACAUGAGAUUCACCGUGUGACGGAGGUACUGACGCCCUUGCUUGUUCCGAAUGACUGGAAGCCAUUGCUGAGAAAUUUUCUGAUUUUCCUUUGCAUAUUGAUUCCAAUCGGAAUCCAGGAUGGGAUGUUUUGAAGGCAAUUUUUCCUAUCAUUCUUGAAAAUUGAUGGCAUAGGGGAGGUGAACAGGUAUUGCACAUCGUGUUGCCGUUGGAUGACGUGCAGUGUGUUCUGCGUUCAGUGUCACCUUUGGUUGUUCUGGUGUGCCAUCUAUUGCGAAAGCACCUGGAAAUUAGUGCACCGCCAGAAGAAAUCUGCGUUAAUGGAGUACAAAUUUCAAGUUUAGCUCUCGUUCGUGUAAUGCCUUGGUUGCUUGUAUCGAUGAGGAUAAAUCUUGAAAAUUCUUUUCCAUCCACAAAAUUACGAGUGUAAAUGAAAUUCCUUUUUUUUUCGUAUUCGGUUAUACCCGUUUCUCGACGGCAUUUUAUGAUGCCGUUUUGCAAAUGACGAUAGUCAAUUAACCUGGGGGUUUCUUUCCCAUUAGUUACGAGCAGCUAUUCUUUAUGAUAUCCUUAGAACUGUCAUUGCGUGAACGUCUGGGAACGUAUCUUUCGAAGUAAUCAGUUAUAUUUCUCGUACGUAUGAACGGUUUUCUGCUGAGAGAAAUUCAAGUUUUUCCCGGCAUUCGUUUUUUUUUAAGGUGAUGAGGGUCUUGUGUUCCAAGUUUGAAGCUCUUGAGAGAGAGUCCACAUGCUGUGCACGAACAGCUUUUUUUCACCCUAGUCAUCGAGAAGAAAAUAUUUAGGCGUUGCAAGAGCUUUGCGCGUGGUGUGGGAACCUUUCUCACGGUUCAUAAUUUAAAUGUAGGGUUGUUCAAAGUUGAUCCCAGUUUUAUCGCGUUUGUUCGUGGGAACGGGCCGAGGGAUCCCGAUUGAUGUCAGGUGCUGUGAUGUUUCGCUGGCCGCACGAUGUUUUUAUUUUUUACAAGUCUUGCGGAAUCAUUAUUUUUUCGCUUGAUAGUUCGGGGUGUUUUCACGAAUGCUUAAGUUUUUCUGUAAACGCACUGUGUUGCCGGUUGAUUCUGAAAUCGAAAUUCGACGCGAAUGAAGAAAAAAAAAGUAAUACUCGUGGUUUUGUCGAAGUGUCGCGUCUCACCUGCGUUUUAAGAUUUUUUUGGCCCUCUCGUCGUUGAUACAAUGGUUUUUCCAUCACUAUUGGUUUCAUGGUUGGUGUGUCUUUUUGACGCAAGUGAACGUGAUCGACUUUGUGUGCCAUGAGUAUAAUACCUGUCGUGGGAAUUACCGCAACACGAUCACCAAAUGGCAUUCCAUAAA